GUGCUCCACACGGAGAAGCUUCCUUGCUGGGCCCUUCCUGUCCCAGCUAGGUGUUUCCAUGAAUGUCCAGAACAUUGUGUCGCGUUGCAGGCACCACCCCUUGCGGGCCCCCCCAGAAGGGGCCAGGUGCCCCGCCACUUCACCGCCGUCCGUGGCAGGCCGCCCAUUCAAUAUUCAGCCCUAGUGGUGCCUCUUGCGUGAAGAGUUCGAAGCCCGGAAGCCCUUUUUCAGGCGAUGGCGAGCGACCCCCGAGCUUCACGCUGGCAGUGGGACGCCGGGUGCGGCAGUUGGCUGACCAAGCACCAAGCACCAAGCUGGAGUACUCAUGAUCAUGUUCAGCGGCAAUCUCUUAAGGAGGCACAGAGUAAUUGAUGAUCAUGAUGUAGUUUCACCUGAAGCUCCAGACAUCACGUGAUGCUGUUUGGGUUAUGUGGGGUUCAUGGACGUGAUUGCAUCGCCAAGUAUCGGCAAGUAUCGUUAGGUUUUUGAGUUCUCGGCAGUGCAAAGCCUGAACUCAACAGUUCGACCCCGCAUGCUUUUCUCAGCCGAUGAUCGACCUGUCUUCAGACGGCAUGAAGACAACAAAGAGGUGUGUUUUUGCAUCCAAUGAAGAACGAUUGGUUUUUUUGGUUCCCAGACCAAUGGCAUACCUUCCACCAGGAGCGUAAACCUGUCUUUGCAGAUGAAUUCAAGACAAGGGCUAGGCAGCCAGGAUGGCACCCGGAUGUGGCUAAUACUGUAAAUGGUAUCAUGCAAAUAUCAUUGGAUUUUUGUAUGUGGGUGAGGCAUCUACAAACCACGAGCGCAAGCUCAAUCAUGUUUGUUGGCAUAGCAACCCGAAGCAUCAUCCAUGUAUGCUCUAUCUCCCUCCCACCCUUCCAGUGGGACAUGCAGGCGCGGCAACUCUCGCGGCGGCAACGAGACUUGCGGCGGUGAGAACCAGGGUUCUUGCGGUGAGAACCCGGACCUGCGUGCGACCAAAAAGGGAUCGACCGAGCGCAGUGUAUAGAAGAUUUGACAUGCACCAGAUGCCCCCCAAACCACCCCAAU